GUAGGGACAGGAAGGACGUGACUUGCGGGUUUACAUAGAAAAGCAGCAUAUUUAAAUGAGAGUACAUAUAUCGAAAUUGGUUGGUAAUUCAACAUUGAUAUUAUAUAUAUGCAUGUAAAACAACCAUUGUUGAUAAUGUGAGAAAUCGCGGAAGCGCUUAGAUGUUCACUAUUUUUUUCAGAGUGAUUGUUUUGCAUAUUGUGAUCUUGUUGCAUAAACCUCCGAGUUUAGUGCUUCGUGAAUCGUAGAGCACAGUGAGUGGUGGAGGCUCGAAUCUCCGUCCGCUAAUCGUGAUCACUUGACUAAUUUCCUGGAAGGGCAUGAAUCCUUCGGUGAGCAAAUUGGGUCUUCCCACUGACGACUCUUUCCAGCUAAUAGAAAAAAGAUUGGCCAGCCUGUGAUACCUCCUUCAGACUGGUUCUUUGUAUCUAGAGAGGAAAUACCUUGUGGUAUCCCCUGGCUGUCUACGUCCCUUCAGAGUGGCUUCCAGCUGGUGCCAGGCAGGAAAGGGCAAGAGUGAGAAGUGGGUGUGGAGUCAGGAAAAUCCGGUGAGUGUGAUGAGCCUGUUGAACUUGAUUUGGAAUGUUGUUGACCUUGUGGUACCACUAUCCGAUGCCACUCAGUUGGACGUCAGAUGUGAGAGUGAGGAGUGGCUGGUACCAAUCCUACACGGUUAGUAAGCAUAUAACUGGCUCGCCAGUGGGGUCAGUUACAGAGGAUGGGAAUGGUUCAGUUUCCAGCAAGGAACUGAAGCAUAUAACUAGCUUUUCGAUUGUGAUCUUGACAACUAAGUAAUAACAGAGGGUGAGGACUGGCUGGUUCGAUAUCCAGCAAGGAACAUAAGUAUAUAACUGGCUUUCUGGUGUGAUCUUGAUAACUAAGUGUUUACUCUCAACAAGGAUACAUAGUCUUCCAUCCUCUCAUCAGUUAAGGAUCACCUUCUAUAAACACUUAGCGUGUACAGGCCUUGAGUGAUGCUCUGGUGUUAAGUUCACUGCACUACACUAAACAUCACGGUCUUGCAAACAGGAAGAAAGCGUAAAUAUUCAUCAGUGAAGCUCAAGCGUGAGAUUUAUCCAGUGGCAGGAGAGUACCAUGAACUUAUCUCAAAGGUAACACUGGUACUACAAAAAGUGGUGAGGGGUGUGUGCAGAUGACCUCACACGACCUGAAAGAGCCAGGUGGUGGUGGGGGUGAGCAGGAUGGGUACCCAGCCCACACUAACCCACACUACCUGCCCUCCAGUACUGAACGAGGGCACAACCACUGCGUCUCCCCUGGAGGGCUACACUAUUUAGAUGACUUGGAGAUCCAGUCCCUCCGGAGUACUUCCCUCAGGAGUGGUGAUACUGCCGCCACUCUCCCCGUACUACCCGUACCCAUACCGACUACGAGAGAUCAAACCCACGAUGGCGGAUGUGAGGGUACAGCUCAACAAUGCCACCAACGGUGCUGGCAGAGUGCUGGCUGCUGGUGCUGCUGGGGCCAAGCAGGUGACCAAGCAGGGAAUCAAGACCCUGACACAGCCAAUGGAGAUGUCCAAAUUUGGAUGGUUUGAUGUCUUGACAGCCUUGCUCUCCAUGGGGAUGUUCUAUUUCGAUGUGACAUCUGAUGCUCUGGUGGCAUAUUAUAUGCAUGACGAUCCAGAAACCAAGGCUUGGUUCCUCACCACACUCUUGCUGCUAGUCAUACCUCUGGUGGUGGUGAAUUCAUUUAGUCUGUAUUGGUAUUGGUUUGACGAGAAUAUUUGUGAGUCGGAGGGAAUGUGCUACAAGUUACCAAAAUCCAGUCGCUGGUUAUGGGCAUUUAGAAUUAUUGCUCACAUCUGUCUUCAGGGUAGCAUCCUCAGGUCAUUGGAUGUGAUAUACUAUGGCAUUCAGAGUGUAAGAAAAGGAUCAUUGGUGCCCAGCAAUGACCACAAUCAUCACAGAAGAAAUGGGACACCAGAUCAAAGCAAAAUUGACGAGGACCACACAGGUGUUACAAAUGCUGGCUCCCACCGGCGACCUUACCGUGAGUUGUGGGUCCAUGCUGAGCGAGAUGCUGCAAACGUGGACGUGUUGUCAUCAUUGUUGCAGGAUGCACCGCAGCUCAUCAUGCAGCUCUACAUCAUGACACAAACCAUCCCUGAUCAGGCACUCCAAGGCCAGAUCAGUCAGACAUUGAUGAUGCAGCUUUUGUCAGUUGGAGCCUCACUGGUGGCUAUGGCACUGUCUGUGGCGUCCUUCUCCAAGGCCACACGUCUGGCUGAACCAUCUCUAGGGAAUCUGAGUCCAGCAGGUCUUCUUCUGCUCUCCCUAUCUCAUUUCUGCUCUAUUGCUCCUCAGGUCCUGUGUUUCGCACUUUUUGCUGGGAAGUACCUGAUUGUGUUCCUCGUGGUAGUUUCAUGCCACUGGCUUGCAACCAGCAUACUUGUCCUCAUCCAG